AUUGAGAUUCUCUUCAAACGUCCAGAAUGUCAGCCUAAAAAAUCCAAAAAUUUAUCGCGAAUAAAACGAGAUCAACAAUUUGUUGUGAUGUUCGUCGAACAACGAGAUUACUCACACGAAAAUUGCAGAGAAUUGUGCUCGCCUUACGUGUACGGUUAUGGAGCUCAUUUCAUAUUCACCAUCACCAAUGGCAUAUGCUCACUUUUGCUUAUCUCACCGUAUGCUCGCGAUUUAAUCGCUCUGAUUCGGUUGACCGUGAAUGGAUUGCAGAAUGAAUUUUAUAAAAGCAAAACUGAUCUAUGCGUAACUCUUAUUGCACUCGGUUGUUUUUUACUAACUCUGAUCAUUAAUUAUAUCGAUGUGGCAUUCGAUUUAUACAAUUCAAUCAGUGUUUUUGGUUACCCGUUGCUAUUCCCUUACAUAAACUUUCCACUCUUCCUAUUUGGAUUGCAUCACAGUGUUCUACGCACACACAAACAAUGCGAACAAGUUAUUUAUGAGGUUAACUCAUUUGUGAAACUGGCUUAUGAUAAUGCCGAAUACUUUCAAAUAGCUACUGUCAAAGUGUACGAAGAGGAUAUGUAUAUUGAAGUGACGUGUUAUAAAUGUCUUAAUCUCUCGAACUGUUCAAGAUCCUCGAAUGUGUACACAAUUGAAUCGAGACCAUCACUGGUACAUCGACAUUCAGCGGUUGCUGUCGGUGAUAAUACACGGCGGAUUGGCAGUUUACGUGACUUGGAUAAUUGGUUACAAAAUAAAAUGCAAAUAUCAAUCGCACCUUCGGAUGAGAAAAAUAUUUACUAUUGA